UUUAUGGUAUGUUUAUUUCCCAUUGAAUUUUGUUUGUUAUUGUCAUGAAAAAUAAGAAGAAGAAUAUCUGAAAAUACUUAAAUUUGAAAAAUACAAAAUUGCAUUUUAUUCAUGAUGGAGGAUAGUUGGAUCUAUAUAAAAAAUAUUCUUUUGAAUGGAAAUGCGGGCGAAAUUCAUGAAGCACUUGUAGCUAUCAAAGAUUCUGUAAUAGGAAGCAACAAGCAAAAGUAUCUUCUUAUUUCAAAUGAAAUAUUACCAAUUUUAAUAAAAAUUUCUUCAAAUAAUGAUGACAUAACAAAUAAAAUAGAGGCUCUUAUAAUUAUUGGUUCUGUUGCUAAUGGAACUCCGGAAAAUGUGGAACUACUGAUACGGGAAUACGAUAUUUUUCCACUUUUAAAAAGAGAACUUACACAAACGACAAAAAACAAAUACAGCGUGGAAAUAUGUUUAAGAACCUUAUGUUCGAUAUUCAGGCAUUUUCCAUCAACGAUUUCAAAAUUUUUUGACGACACCUGUACUUUACCUAACUUUUUAAGUCUGACACAUUCUGGAAACUCAUUAAAUAUCCAAAUAUUUGCAGCAAUUGUACUAUCAUUAUUAUGUCAAACAAGAAGAGACCAGACAGAUUUAUUAAACGCGUGCGCUAUACCAAAUUUAGUUCGUCUUAUUAACAUUAAAAACGUACAUUUGCAGGUUCCAGUACUUCAAUGUCUUUGUUGCAUGGCAUUUGAAAAUAGAUCUGUUUCAGAUAUUAUUUGUGUAACUAGUUUUCAAGGACGGACAUUGUUGGACACACUUAAUUCAUAUAUUUCACGAUCGUUUUCUGCGCAAAUACAACUAUGUUCUGCAAAAUGUAUUACGUAUAUAUACAGAUCCGGAACUCUGCUUUCAUCGGAUUUUAGGAUAUUACAUAGAACUCUUCCCUGUUUAGUUCGUUUGUGUUCAGAGAAUUUUAGCUGUCCUAUAAGGAGUGCUGCAGCAGAAACUUUAUCAUAUUUGAUCGAGAUCGAUGCAGACCUACAGAAGACGGCUGCAAUUUGUAACCACUUAUUAAGAUCAUUAUUUCAACUUAUUAAAAUAAAUAAUGCUGAGACGAAGCUAGCAGCUUUAAAAUGCUUGGCCGCCUUAGGAGCAAAUGAUGAAUUUAUUCGAAAGCGAAUUGUCGAUACAAAUGAUUUAAUAAAUGAUAUAAUGGAAAAUUUGAACAGUUUUGAAAUUCAGGUAAAUUUCUACUAA